UCCGCCUGGUGCGCGCCCGCUCGGGAGCCGCGGCCACCUGGGCCACCUCGCUCUCCACCCCUCUCCGUCCGCGCCCAGGCCCCGCCCCCGCGGAGCGGCGCAUGGUUAUAUUGGGCCGGGCCGAAGGUGGAGGCGAGACGGAGCUGUGGCCAGCCGGCGCGGAGAUGCUGCUCCGGAGGCCAGGGGAGGGAAGGAGGCGGCGGGCGCCACGGCCUCGGGGACUCGGCUUCGCGGGCGCUCAGGGCUAAAGGUUGGCACGCGCAGCAGCCUGCACCGUCCCGGGGCCUGGGGCGUCCAGUGAAGGGACCCUCGUCUCAGGAACGGAGGGCGGAUGCGCACGCCGCCUUCUCCAGCAGGACCUCCAAGCUCCGCGCGCUCGGGCACCAGAGGCUGGAACGGCAGCCCUGAGCGUCUUCCCCGAAGUCUCUAAUCGUCGAACUGAAGACAGAACCCACCCAAUUCCUUCCUUUCCGCCCCUCCCUGUUCACCCUCCCAAGAAAAAUUCCAGCGGAAGAGGACGCCUGUCCGGAAAGAAACUGUCUCUCGUAAGAGGAGGGCGAGCUCCGGGAGAGAAAGGCGAGGACCUCGGCCUCGGAGCGCCACCCCGUCCCCGGCGCGCGCUGGCCAGGACCGCGCAGAAGAGAAGGGUACGCGCCGGGGAGGGACGGGCUCGGGCAUGAAGUUGGAGGUGUUUGGCCCCCGUGUGGCCCUCGGGGACAAGCCAGGGAGUGACCUGGAGGGCGCGGGCGGCAGCGACGCGCCAUCUCCGCUGUCUGCGGCCGGCGACGACUCCCUGGGCUCGGACGGGGACUGCGCGGCCAACAGCCCGGUGGCGGGUGGAGGCGGCGCCGGGGCGCUGGCGGACGGCGGCGAGCGGAGCGCGGGCGGCGGGCCGGGCGCCCAGGAGGCGGGCGCGGCGGCGGCGCCGGGGACCGCGGAGGCGGGCGCGACGGGGACGGGCGCGGGGGGCGCGGGCGGCGGCGAGAGCGCGCGCGGCAAGCCGUACACGCGGCGGCCCAAGCCCCCGUACUCGUACAUCGCGCUCAUCGCCAUGGCCAUCCGCGACUCGGCAGGCGGGCGCCUGACGCUGGCCGAGAUCAACGAGUACCUCAUGGGCAAGUUCCCCUUCUUCCGCGGCAGCUACACGGGCUGGCGCAACUCCGUGCGCCACAACCUCUCGCUCAACGACUGCUUCGUCAAGGUGCUGCGCGACCCUUCGCGGCCCUGGGGCAAGGACAACUACUGGAUGCUCAACCCCAACAGCGAGUACACCUUCGCCGACGGGGUCUUCCGCCGCCGCCGCAAGCGUCUCAGUCACCGAGCGCCGGCCCCCGGCCCCGGGCUCCGGCCCCCCGACGCCGCCGCGCCACCACCGCCCGCGCCCGCCGCCCCGGCCCCGGCCCCGGCCCCGGCCUCGCCGCGCGCGCGCUCGCCGGCCCGUCCGGAGGGGCGCGCCAGCCCCGCGGGCCGGUUCUCCAGCCCCUUCGCCAUCGACAGCAUCCUCAGCAAGCCCUUCCGCAGCCGCCGCGCCGGGGACGCGGGCCCCGGGGUGCGCCUGCAGUGGGGCGCCGCGCCCUGCCCGCCGCUGCCCGCGUACCCCGCGCUCCUUCCGGGCGCGCCCGGCGGGGCCCUACUGCCGCUCUGCGCGUACGGCGCGGCCGAGCCGCCGGUGCUGGGCGCUCGCGGGGCCGAGGCGCCGCCCCUCCUGCUGGCGCCCCUGUCCGCCCCGGGCCAAGCCAAGCCGCUCCGGGGCCCGGCCGGCGGCGCGCACCUGUACUGCCCCGUGCGGCUGCCCGACGCCCUGCACGCGGCCCCGGCCCGCGCGCCCGGCCCGCACCUGCCCUGCCCGGGGGAGACGCUCCUGGCCUGAGCGCGCUGGAGGCAGCGGCGGGGAACUCGGGCUCGGGGGUUCUGCCCUUUGCACCCCAGGACAGAGACUCGGAAAGAGAAGUCUCCAUCAGACGUGCCUUAAAGCUUACGCGUUUUGACACAAGUGUUUCACUUAGUUCAGAGUAUCUCCCCUCGUCUUGCACGUUACAGAGAACCAAAGCGACUCUUCACAGCUGUUUUCGUUUCUAGGCCAAGCCUGUCCCUGCCUGCCUCCACAGAGACUUUCCCUCCCCGCUUACUGCCCAGGCUCUGCCUUAUUCCUACUGUUUGUUGCACCUUCCAGUGAUUUGCCCCUUUAAAAACAAACCAAGCACAUCAGGGAACCUUUCGUAUGUCAAGGACAUCAAGGACGUGACUACUGCUGGGGGCUGGGCUGGGGGCUCCACGCCCUCCUUGCACGUGGGCCACGCUCACAGGUGAGAGAGGGGCCAGAGAAUCUUCAGUCACUUCUCUGAUAAUGACCAAUGUUUCACUGUGCCAAGAGAUAAAAAAAAUAUAUAUAUAGUUGGGUUUUGUAAUUAAAUUAUUUAUAUAUUUUUAAAACCUGAGUGGAAAAUGUUGCAGGCAACGGUUAGGGCUCUACGCACAGUCGGGUUUUCUCUUGACUGUGGUCUCCUUGGGCAAGACAGUUCCUUCCAAGGAAAGUUAACAUGCACGUGGAGUGCCAGGACCACUGCCGCGUGAAAGCAAGUGUGAUUUUUAUUUUUAAUAUUAUUUUAUUUGUGUCUGUGCAUAUUCGUGUAUAAAUUUCAUGAAACCCAGGCAUAGUGCUUAUUUUUUAAUAAAACUCACGGUUGACUUUA